AUGCACUGAAAUUCAAAAGUCAUGCGUAUCACCCCAAAUGAAAGCAAGAUUUGGAGCAACACCACCAUUGUUGGACCAUUUCGAAGUGUAUGUGCUCAGGAGAAUCUAGCAUGCUGCUUUUAAUUAAUGCCAUUCUAAUCUUCUGGAUUUCUACUGUUGGGAUGCAAGGGUUUUCCUAUUGUGGUUUUCCAAAAAUAAACCACGGAAUUAUAUAUGGUAAAGAGUACGAUGAGGAGCCUUCCCUAAUUACUGUCGGGGAAAUUUAUUAUUAUUCUUGUGAAUAUAAUUUUACAUCUCCUUCACGAUCCUUUUGGACUCGCAUAAUCUGCACAGAAGAAGGAUGGUCACCAACACCCAAGUGUCUCAGACUGUGUUUCUUUCCUUCUGUGGAAAAUGGUCAUUCUGCAUCUUCAGGACAAACACACCUGGAAGGUGACACUGUACAAAUUAUCUGUGAUGUCGGCUACAGCCUUCCUGGUAAUAGUGACACCAUUUCAUGUUUGGAAGAUGGCUGGUCUUCUCCUCCCAAAUGCAGCUCCACCAAAUGUCUUCUUCCAGUUUUAAAAGCAAAUCUAGAUGUUUAUCCAAGAAAAGCAAAAUACAAUGCUGGAGAUGUGUUGCAAUUUUUCUGUGGAGAAAGACUCAGAAGAGUUGGACCAGAUUCAGUUCAAUGCUAUCACUUCGGAUGGUCACCUAAUUUUCCAACAUGCAAAGGAAAAGUACAGUCAUGUGGUCAACCUCCUCAACUCCCCAAUGGUACAAUAAAAGAGAGAAGGAAAGAAGAAUAUGGACACGGUGAGAUGGUGGAAUAUGAGUGCCCUCCCUAUUUUCUAAUGACAGGGCCUAAGAAAAUACAGUGCGUUGAUGGAGAAUGGACAAAUUUGCCCACUUGCGUUGGACAAGUUAAAGCAUGUGGCUCCAUACCUCACCUCAAGAAUGGCUAUGCCCGGUUCUCUAUUAUUCCCUUUCAACAUGGUGUUUCUGUGGAGCUGAAUUGCAGAGAUACACAUACAAUGAUUGGAAAUAAUGUAAUUACCUGUAUUGAUGGAACAUGGACUGAACUUCCUAAGUGUGUUGCAACAAACCAACUUAAGAGUUGCAGAAGACCAAUGCUUCAUAGAAGAGUACCGAUGAAACCAUAUAUGAGUGAAUAUAAUCAUAGUGCCAGAAUAAAUUACAGAUGUUUGUGGGAGGUCAAAUACAUGCAGUCAGUCUGCAUAAAUGGGAAAUGGUAUCCUGAACCAGACUGCAGAGAAAAAUGGAAAGAAUUCUGCCCACCUCCACCUCAGAUACCUAAUGCUCAGAAUAUGCUAACCACAGUGAAUUACUGGGAUAAAGCAAAAGUAGCUGUUCUCUGCAAAGAAAAUUAUCUACUUCACGGACCAAGAGAAAUUGUGUGUGAAAAUGGACAAUGGCAGUCAUUACCACAGUGUAUUGAGUCUACACAAUACUGUGGUCCCCCUCCAUCUAUUAGCAAUGGAGAUACCACAUCAUUCCCAUUAUCAGUAUAUCCUCCAGGAUCAACAGUCCAGUAUCGUUGCCAGUCUUUCUAUGAGCUUCGGGGCUCCAUAGAUGUAAUAUGCAGAAAUGGACAGUGGUCAGAACCACCAAAAUGCAUAGAUGCUUGUAUAAUUUCUGAAGGUAACAUGAACAAAAAUAACAUACAGUUAAGAAAUAAAGACAUCAAAAAACUUUAUGUGAAAACGGGGGAUUUUGUUGAAUUUGACUGUAAAUGGCCACAUAGAGCAAAGACAUCAAUGCAGUCAUUUCGGGUACUCUGUCACGAAGGGAAAUUUGAAUAUCCCAUGUGUGAAUGAAACCAGCAUAGUUUUGCUGAAUAUAAUUUUAAAAGUAAUCCUACAUGGGGUGCCUGGAUGGUUCAGUCGUUAAGCGACUGCCUUCGGCUCAGGUUAUGAUCCCGGAGUCCCAGGAUCAAGUCCCAGGAUCAAGUCCCACAUCAGGCUCCCUGCUCAGCGGGGAGUCUGCUUCUC